GGGCAGGGAAAGGAGACCUCGGGCGCCAGGGACCUAGCGGGCUCUUUCUUCCAGGCGUCCCGGGCUGCCCUCACUACCAGUCCCCGCCAUCUCAUUUGCCGCCUUCCGAAGCGUGACCCCGGCGCGCUCGCGUCCCGGGCCGGUGACAGGCGCGGGGUGCGACGAGCGGUCCCAUGUGCGCCCUCCCUCUCGCGGCCGCUGCAGUCACCGCGCCCCCAAUCCAGCUCCGGCUCCUCGGCAGAGGCCUCGCCGCCGCCAUGUCUACCGCCAGGCCACUCAAAUCCGUGGACUACGAAGUGUUCGGGAGAGUGCAGGGUGUUUGCUUCAGGAUGUACACCGAAGAUGAGGCAAGGAAAAUAGGGGUGGUUGGCUGGGUGAAGAAUACCAGCAAAGGCACUGUGACAGGCCAAGUGCAAGGCCCCGAAGACAAAGUCAAUUCCAUGAAGUCCUGGCUGAGCAAUGUUGGAAGUCCUAGUUCUCGCAUUGAUCGCACGACCUUUUCCAAUGAAAAAACCAUCUCUAAACUUGAAUACUCUAAUUUUAAUAUUCGAUACUAAUAGGAGAAAAAUUUAAAUUGUAAUGCUCAUACUGCACAAAAGACACUAUGUAUUCUUAAGUCUAUAUACUACAAUGAUAGUAGCAGAGUAGGGUAAAAAAAAGGAACUUUCUGUUCUGAAAGCUACAACAUUAUAUGUUACUAAAAUGUCUUGACACUGAAAUAGUUUCACUCAAAUAUGUUUUUAACAAGCCAAAACUUAGCAUUCUAAAAUUUAAAAUGUCAUUACAAAAUAUUUAAUAUGAAUAUUUUACUGUAUUUAAACUUGUCUCUUGGAAUCUUUAAUUCUAAUAUUAUGGCAUACAUGUUAUUUGGCUGGACAUAUAAUAAAGUUAACCAUUUAAAACUAUUUUUAGGUAUUGUUGUCUGAAUUGCAUUCUAAAAUCUCUGAAUAAUAAUUUGUUAAAGUUGAAUAAUUUGUUUAACAACAACAACAACAAAAUAACCAGUAGUUAGAUAUAAAUGUAUAUGAUGAUCAGCAUAGCCCUAAAAUCAAUA